UGUCUGGAUCAGUGUGAAAAUUUUCAUAUUUCCUGAGAAAAAUUCUCUCUUUAUGGAAACAGGAACCUUUUUCAUGGACAAUUUGAGAUUGACAGUUUGAUUGUCAAAACAAAAACACAUAAGCAUUUGUGACAUGAGAAAGGAGAAAAAGACAGCAGAGGAUUUGAUUUAAAGAAAAAAAAGUGACAACACUGAACAAUGGCUGAAUUCUUUUGAGUGUUAAAGUGCAGCUAUUCCAGGAUUGUUCUUCUGAGAUAAAGAGUGAUUUCACUCGUCUUUUUUUUUUGGUGGAAAUACAACUAUCAAUCAAACUGGAGCAAUUCGUUCAAAUCUCUCCACCAGCUGGAAAUGGGUGUGUAGUUUAACGGCGACAAAUUCAGUUCGUGGGCCAUUAUUAAUGAUCCAUUCUCUGGCUCGGAAAUGAGUUUGUAAUCUACCGUUAACUGUCAAUCAAUCAAGCAGAUUUGCAUAUGAAAUUGUCGCAUACAUGCAUCGUAAGCAGGUGGUCUGUCUGCUGUCUGCAGCAGACAACUUGUUUGCAAGUGUAAAAAGCUAUACUUUGCAAGUCUAAUGGAAGAUAGCUGUUGUCAUUCCUUCUGACGGAGAUUUGAUGAGUCCACGGUGACCUAUGAUUUGGCCAUUUUGUCAUCAACAAAGUCUACUGACUCUUAAAUUAAUACAUGUACUUAAAUAUUAGUAACCCCAUCUCUCCCUGUAUGCUUUGGUUCAUGAAUUAUUCAUGAAUAUAAAGUCAACAAGAUUGGGACAACUGGUCAGGUUUAGAAUUCUGUCUUCUUUAACAAACAAAGCAAACAGCUGUAAAGGACGUUUUCAUCGCAUUUUCUUCCCUGUUUCAAACAUAUGGAACCAAUUUCCACAGCAAGUUUUUUGCUCUGAUUAUAGAUACAAGCGACAGUGGGGUGUUCUUAUAUGAUGGGUAUGGAAGCCGUGUUCAUUGGUAGGAAUACAGGCUUUGACAACACAGCCUGGUUUGUGUAAAUUGACGAUAUUUACUGAAAGGAUCAGAUUCAGAGCUUCUCACUUCUGAGGUGUGACUCUUAUAAGCCUACGUGACGGCGUCAAGUUGUGGCGAAUUAUCGGGAGGCAUCUUGAUCCUGCUCUCACGUCUGCAAGCGUACUUUGCAAGGCGAGAUAUUUUUCACCAGUACUGAUUACUUGAAGAGGAUUUAGAAUUUUUGAUGUGAUAUAUCUGUGAACUGAACAAAGUACUAUUGGUGCAUUUAGAACAAGUUCUGGCAGAUAUGCCCGUGUUUUCAUUGGAGUUUGAACCGUUGAGGUGACAUUGCAUAAUUGGUGCCAAGGAAAUGGAUAUUGAACUUUGGUAACACACUGUUAGACAGGUUUUGUAGUGAACUACAAGCUUUGAUCUUGGUUUUAUGCUCUUGCAAUUUAUUACUGUGCUACAAGGAUACAAAGCUUAAUUCUCUAUUCCAAAGUUGCUGUUAGAAAUUGCAUUUCAAUCCAACGGUUUCAACACUAUUCAUGAGAUGUUUUAUUUAACAGUAUCGGUAGAAAAGUUUCUUUUUCAACUCAGAAGCCACAUGCAAACUGCAUGUCGUUUGAAACUUAACAGAGUUAACUCUUUAGCGUGGAAGCACAGUUGAGUCCAAGACUGCAGUAUUUUACACACGUGACAUUCGUUAAAAUCAGUGGAUAAAACUUAGACUGAUUAACUGAUUGAGGGACAUCAGUAUUGGCUGCCAACAAUUCCGUGAAAGAGGGAAAAAAAACGUGAUUGGAGGAAAAAAGCCUAGGGACAAGGUUUGGACAGCCUGACAUCCCUGUUGUUUGGCCAGCGUUUGCGUAGCUAUCUCUGGUCAGGGCUCAUCCGGAUAGUUCUCACCCAACAACACGGAUUGACAGGAAAAUCUAGCACCCAGAAUCUCACUGUCCUGUUCACAUGAGGAUACAAGAGCAUGCAAAAUUGGGCCGAGUUGUCUUCUCUCAUGUUUGAUUACUCUGGCAAACAUUUAAGCUUCCUCCGCUAAACAUGGUUCAUCUUCACGCACAGCCUCGACCUUUGACCUCCGGGUCGUCGCCAGGGAGGUUGCCGUCCAAAGCCAACUCGGUGCGGGUCAAACAGGUUCCUAAACGACGCGGCAGUCUGGUCUUCCAAGGCAGGAACUCUUUCAGGUCAAAAUCGGCUCUAAAACGUCUUAGAAAAUUCUUCAACACGAUUCGCUUCGUCUCCAAGUUGAAUCCGUGUUUCAGUGAGAGUUACUUUGCUGUCAAAGGGACAGCACUCAUCUUACCCCAAAGUGAAUGUACGCGGAAAGUCACAAGCAAAUCUCAUGGGGGGGACAUACAGCGCCAUCUACAGUCCAUGCUUCAUCUACUCCGCCCUCAAGAUACACUCAAAGUGGCCGUGAAACUAGAAAGUGCCUUUCCACAGAGGAACCGUUACAUGGCCGUUGUGUCGUGCGUCGGUCGCCAGGAUACCGAGGAAUGCCUCAUUCUGGGCAUCGACUGCAACAACGACAAGGCAACAAUAGGCCUGGUGCUACCCAUCUGGGCAAAUACCAAAAUCAAGUUGGACGGGGACGGAGGCUUCAGCAUCAACUACGAGGAAACGCAUCAUCUCUUCAAACCUGUGUCCGUCCAAGCCAUGUGGUCUGCCUUACAAAGCCUUCACAAAGUCGUUGCCGUGGCUACAUCCAAUUUUUAUUUUGCACACGGACUCACUCAUACGUGGGUGGGUUACUACCAGGCUCGCAUCAGCUCUGACCAGCAUUGUAUUACGGAAUGGCACUUAAGGGAAGACAUCAUGACAUUCAGGGAGGUCACAUCAGUUCUGGACGAGGACUCUGAACAAGCUGCCUUGAAGAUGAAAAUUAAAGCUGCCUUGAGGGAGGUGAUGAUGACCGUGGACCUGGAAGAGGUCACAAGCAAAUUUCUGCGGGUGAAGCUGGAGGAGAUGUUUGGAAUGAGCCUCCAGGAACACAAGAGUUAUGUAGACGAGGAGAUGCUGGUCAUUAUGGGACAGAUGGACGCCCCCACCAGUGUCUUUGACUUCCUCUACCUGGGCUCCGAGUGGAACGCCUCCAAUUUAGAGGAACUCCAGGAUAAUGGGAUAAGAUAUAUAUUAAAUGUGACCCGGGAAAUCGACAAUUUCUUCCCGGGAAUGUUUACUUACAUGAAUAUCAGAGAAUACGAUGUAGAGGAGACCGAUUUGCUCAAAUACUGGGAGAAAACUUACAAAUUUAUUAGCAAAGCCAGAAAAGCUGGAAGCAAAGUUCUCGUUCACUGUAAAAUGGGCGUGAGCCGUUCAGCAUCAACUGUGAUAGCGUUUAUAAUGAAGGACCUGGGCUGGUCGUUAGAUGAAACCUAUGAUUACGUGAAACAGAAGCGAAGCUGUAUUAAACCUAACAAGUCUUUCAUGAAGCAGCUGGAGACUUAUCAGGGAAUUUUAAACGCAAGUCGACAGCGGUACAUCUUCAAGUCAAAAUCGGAGACAAACUUACAGGACCCAGAGGACCUGCUGGAAGACCUAAGAGACACCACAGGGGAGGGGAUUUUUUUAGGAGCAAAUCUCCACCUGCCUCGCCCCCACUCUUGGGCCCCAGAAGACGACAUUGCAGCCAGCAUACUCAUGCAGAAGGGACUAGCCAUGACGGAUGAGGGUCUCGAGCAUGCAGGCGGCAUCCCGAUCUUCCAACUGGGUGGAGAAGAGGCAGACGUGGAGUUGAGUUCUCGAAGUACUGACUCCGUGGAGAUGUCAUUGCCAGACAUUCCCUCACCAAAGACUGUGAAAAACGAUGACAAUACACCACAGUUUGAGCUGGAUCUUCACUGCCCUGAGGCCUCAAAGGCUCAAAAUGUCCGGAGGGUGUCACCAUUUGCCAGCCCGCUCGGUAGUCCCAAGGGAGAUAACUCCUUCCUUCCGCAACCAUCCCAGACAGGGAUGUUAGGCAGUUCUUGGAACAGUACGAGCACGCCAUAUAUGUUUAAAGUACGGGACGAUAGCAGUUGGAUUAAAGAAUCCUCUCCAGACACACCGGUUGCAGAAGUUCCUCAAGGGAAAGAUAUUCCUGAAAUAAUAACAGAUGACAACACUAUACCAAAAUUCGCAACAUAUGUCACUAACGCUUACCAGGCUGACCCUGAAAAUGCAGAGGACAACAGUUGUCUCUGCGCAGCUCAGCAACGUCUUAAUGCUGUAGAAUCAGAGCCCACUCUUGUAGAUCCGUCACCAACACCGUGGCACGAACAGGACAGCAGCUGUAAACCAUACAGUGGUAUACGUGAGCACUAUGCCAAAGAGGCUAUCCCCUGGAAUCCAGGCACUGUUAAAAAACAGCUUGAAGACUUUGAGCACAGAAUCCGCAGCACUGGCCCGGAGAGCGGUGAUACUGAGCAAACGGGGAUAGGUGAUCCACCAAAGACUUUAGAACUCCAACCGGAAAACACGCUUCAAGACAACAUGCAGACUCCACAGACCUCUUACUCUAACAGUUAUUUAAUUGUACCUGGCGGCAACUCCCGGGCUUCAAGUACGCCUCAGUCCUUGGAAAUGUUGACCACAUCCAGCGGGGAGACCUCAGGGGAAUUAGGCCGCACCCGGCCAGCCUCGGUGUACGAGAUCGAGGAUAUCCCUCUACCUGUAGGAAUAGUGCAACGGACCAAGCAGGAGAUCGAAGAGAAACAGAGGCCAACUCCUAGGGAAUGGAUUGAAACUAGCUUCAGUGACCUUGAUCCAGUAGUAAAACCAGUUCAGAGGUCAUCUAGUCUGAAGGUGAACAACAGCAGCUCUAAAUCGAAGAAGCUACGCUCGUCUGAUCGUAGGAAAACUUGCACACCCAUCUUGUCACCGUGUAUGAGUCCUGAUGCGGGAGGGACGACACCAUCGCUGUUUACUACUGGAUCGGGAUCGAAGGCCAGAAAGGAGCUGAUGUUGGGAGAUGCAGACUCUGGGGUUGCGCUGGAGGAACUCCCCGUUCAGGUUUUCAAGUAUGGCAACGAGGAAGUACCCUUGGCUCUCGGUAUGGUACGACGACAUGCCAAAGAUUUUGAGAAUUUGAACGUAGAGGUUGACCAGCGCACAAAGAGUCCAUCUUCAGACAUUGAUGAUAAACUGCAGGGGGCAUAUGUAGAGACCCCUGAAUCCAGCAGUAAACCAACAGUCCAGGUCACACCAAGGGAGAUAACCCGCGGAGAAAACCCUCCUCAGAUAGACCAGGGCUCAGGUGGUUUAGAAGCUGAUAGUAAAUCUGUUGGUAGCAAGAUAGAAAUCGUUCUCCCAGAAAAGGCCUCAUCUCUUUUGGUUCAAGGUGGUGCGAAAGAAGUUCAUGCUGCAAAAGGCAUUAUUGAUGUGAAGCGUGGAAGUGAUACCUGCCAGAGAGAACGGGUCACAAACUCAUUCUCCAAGUGUGCCUCAGAUGAAACAUCUGGCGAACGACCCAAGAGUAUCCGUCUGGACAAACAGACACUGUUCCUGAUAAGGGAGAUUGGCUCUGCUUUACUGAACCAGCCACUGAAAAUAGACGACGACCAGGGUGACACAGCUGAAAAUGUAAGCAACGUGAAACAGAUUGUGAGAACUAUUGAACGUAAGUCCAAGGUUAAAACCAAGUCAUUUUGGGAACGGAUUGUGAUAAUUGAGAAGGAUCAGGAGCUUUCAAGGGGUUGUGUUCACGCAUCGUCUCCACCAAAAGUGGACACUGCUGCGUCUAGGCUGUCUUUUCCAAAAAAGACAGAAGAUGUGGAAGAGCCUUCAAACUCGUCCGUUGCAGGUCAGUUUUCAUUGAAUGGCGAUUCAGAAGCUGGAGUUGUGAAGAGGAAAACGGGAACAGUGACGAAACCUGUGUUCCUGCCUCUGGUGGUGGAUCAGCAAGAAGAUAGAGAGCAGAAACAUGGGGAAGUUCUGCGGAUAGGGUCUCCUUGUGAUGAGUUGCCGAUUGAUGGGCUUGAAGCUAUUGAAGACCACCUUGUGAAGAACUUGGUGGGAAAGUUUGAAGUCGCUACAGAAGAUAGUAAGAAAGUAGUUGACUCUAAAGAUAACUCUACCGCUGCAAUCACUGCCUCACCAGGAUCUGAUUCAGGGGAUUCUGUAUUUUCUUCACCCUCAAAACACCAUCAACAACAACAAAGACUUUCACCGGAGGCUAUGCCUCCAAAUAGUGAUCAAUCACCCUUAGCUUUUAGACGAAGCAGCUCAUUGGAAGACUUGUGGACAUUGCAUAGAGUAAGCGAUGCAGCAUCACUGCCCCAAGAUGACGAUGAAAACAAAGAGUCUCAACCGCAAGCUGAAAAUCCCACUUCUGACACCGCUGAAGAGGAUGUUGCUCCAUUAAGAGAAGGGUCUGCUAAACUGCGGCCCAAGUCUGUCAUUGUCACCUCAAGUUGUACUCUGGGAACUCUUACGUCAUCCACUCCCAGGAAUCGCCAUACCAUCCAUUCCCUUAGCGCUCUAAGUGGCGCCUCAGGCAGCCCACAUCGAUAUCUCCCGACAGAGGUGGGGCAAAGCUUUAGUCUGGAUGGCAGGAAGGUCAGGCGGCUGGAAGGAAAAACUCACCCGCUGGCAAAGCUAGGCUGGCAGCAUAGCACAAUGUAACCAUUACUAACCUGUGCCCAAAUUAAGGGAAGAAAGCCCUUUUUUGGGCACAGACUUAAUUAUUCCUAAUCUGCUGCAAACUUUUAAGACUUGGGUUUUAAAAAACCAGUAAACAUUGGAACCCGUCUCUGUUUAAUUUUGUGCCCAUAUGUGUUUGAACUUUGGUACCAUGAGCUUGUCUCAGUGUGCUUGUCUGUGUGUCUGUGUGCAUCUUGCGCCAUUUUGUACUUCAACGCUGACUCCUUAACUGCUAAAGGGUCAUAAGGAUCUAUGUGCAUCCACAUCAUGUAUUAUUUUCGUCAUCAUAUUUUGAUACGCAUAAGUUUUGUCUCCGGAGUAUUUUUCUAUAAAUUGUCAUCAAACAGUUUCUCUGUGUAGAGUUUUAAGCUUGGUCUUUUUAAAAGCGCUGGCUUUGUACACGUUGCAGAGUUGUGGUCAUGUGAUAGAACUUUUUCUGCUGCUCAUGGCAACCAUUGGCACAUCCACAAUCGUACUUCAACAACGUGUUCUCAUCAAGGUAGAGAAGGACUUUUAGUGAUAAACUGGCUUUAUUUGUUUGAGAGUAGUUAUAUUUUAUUGCUAUUUUAGAUUUGCCUUUUGAGAGAUUAAUAAAUGUUAGAAGAAAUGGGAAUUUUCUAUUUAUUCAUUAUUAAAAAAAAAAGUUACUGUUUACUGUUUUGUUUCAGUUUUUUGAAGUUUAUUUGUACUGUUGAAAGGCACUUUGCGACCAAGUGUCCCUUAGUUCUGUUUUGCUUCAAUACCGGGUGUAAAAUUUUGUUGGUUGUCAUAGAAACUCUCUCCUAGGAGGAAGUGGAAAUGUAAUUUACGUCAUGUGGUGAGUUAUUUUCCAUCACUUGCAUUUCCACUUUUUCAUCGAUCUGCUUGGCAUUGUGUUUUGUUUUUUCAGAAGGCCAUCCUUCAAAAAAGGAGUUGUUUAAUGGGACCAGAUCCUAUCUGGAAAAUUAGGGUUUAGUCCAGUUUUUCACUUUAGUUGGGAUGGGGGGGGGGGACGUUUCAGUUUUUUAGUAAAAUUUUAAAAUUAAAGACAAAUUGCACAGGAAAUGAAAAGCAAAAUAUUUUCUGGAGAAAGGGUGAAUAUUCUUCAUCUUUAUGGUGGGUAGAGUAGUUCCAUAUCAAUUACUUGACCUUCGUGCCCCCCACCCCGCACCCCCCACCCCCCACAAUCGUGUCUAUGUAAAGAAAUAUGUCCAUGGAACAUUUCCUGAAUCUGUUCUACAUAUAUUUAAAAUCACAAUGUCUUAAUCUGUAUAGUUCUAUUGAUGUUUUGUUGAAUCUUUUUCUUCAGAUUAUUUGAAAAAUGUCAAUGGCAUGACAAUACCGAGUUAAUGAUAGUAAUUGUGUGUAAUAUAAAAUCUUGGAAAAUGGCUGCAUGAUUGGGUAUGAAGUUUGUAUGUAGUAAUUUGUGCCCAUUAGCCUGCACGACAAUCCCAUGUGUGUCUCAAUUUGUGUUCAGGUCCCAUUUUCAAAAUGAAAGUGAAAGUUGCCAAUCAAUAUAUCAUUGAAUCUUUUUCUGACACUGUAAUCAAUCCUAAACCUUUUAUUUACCUACUCUUUGUCUGCUAUUUUUUUGGUUUUGUUUAACUUGGUCGUGAAGUCGCACAAAGUUUUCUCGUUUUGUAUUAUAAUUUGUUUCUUCUUCGCAUAAACAUCGUGUUUCUGCUGCCUUGUUCAUUUUCAUUUUGUCAUCUCAACCAAAAAACAAAUAAUCUUCUUCAAUCAAACCUGUGGAGAAAAACUUUAUUCUUUUUUAAACAUGAAGAGAAAAUAGUGUUUCAUCAUUUCUGUGGUGCUUAUUAUGUGUCCAGCGUCUGUCUCAGUGUGAUUAAUGAUGAACAAUGUCAUUGUAAAGAACUGUGGAAAAGAAAGAUAUGAAGCUGUAUAUAUUGUGUACAACAAAUUUUCUCAUGAAGACAUCAUGUAUCCCAUUUUGUACAGCCGCUGUUCUGUUUGUUUUUUUUUUUUUUAUAAAGAUGAACAUUUUUAUUGCAAAGGUCGACAUGGAAUAGUGCUCAUUUCUCAGCAAAACUUGUGUGUACAUUUUUGAUGUGUACAGUGUCCUUGUUAAAUUUGUACAUUUUUCAUGUGUACAUUUCUGAAGUGUACAUGUUUGAUAUGUACAUUUUUGACGUGUACAUGUUAGAUGAUGAAAUCCUCUAAAACUUGUCUUUCAACUGUUCUGAAUA